GGCGGGGCGGGAAGCGCUUUGUUCCCGGGUUCUCCCGCCUCCUGGGGCGCGUGAAGCGCGGAGCUCGGGAUCCCAAGUCCACUAGGCCUACGCGGGCUGAGGGCGCGGAGGGGAUCCGCGGCACCGGUGCGCCCCGGUCUCCGCCCAGCCUGCUGCACUGGCAGCGAGCGUGGGAGCUCGGGAGCUCGGCCAGGCGCCGAGCGGAGGCAGCCAGCCGGGAGCCAGUCGCGCUGGGAGAAGAGACAGGCGGAGGGCGGGGGAAGCUGGGGAGGCCACAAAGGGAAAGCGAAAGCCGAGAGCGCCAGGCCGGUGAAGGCGCCGCACUGCUCUCCGGACGCCAGUGGUACCCGGCCCUUCCCUCGUGGGCCUUCCUGGCCCAGCCCGCCUCGCCGCAGCAAUGGCCAUCGCCCAUCUGGCCACGGAGUACGUGUUCUCAGACUUCUUGCUGAAGGAGCCCACAGAGCCCAAGUUCAAGGGGCUGCGGCUGGAUCUGGCAGUGGACAAGAUGGUCACGUGCAUUGCUGUGGGGCUGCCGCUGCUACUCAUUUCGCUGGCCUUCGCGCAGGAAAUCUCAAUAGGUACCCAAAUAAGCUGUUUCUCCCCAAGUUCUUUCUCCUGGCGCCAGGCUGCCUUUGUGGAUUCUUAUUGCUGGGCUGCUGUGCAGCAGAAGGGCUCCCUGCAGAGCGAGUCUGGAAACCUCCCACUGUGGCUGCAUAAGUUUUUCCCCUACAUCCUGUUGCUAUUUGCCAUCCUCCUGUACCUGCCAUCCCUCUUCUGGCGUUUAGCAGCUGCUCCUCAUAUUUGCUCAGACUUGAAGUUUAUCAUGGAAGAACUUGACAAAGCUUACAACCGCGCAAUUAAGGCUGCAAAGAGUGCCUGUGACCUUGACCUGAGAGAUGGUGCCUACGCAGUUCCAAGUGUUAAUGAGAAUACAGCACAAAGUUUGUGGGAGAUAUCUGAAAGCCACUUCAAGUACCCAAUUGUAGAGCAAUACUUGAAGACAAAGAAAAACUCCAAUAAUUUAAUCAUCAAGUACAUUAGCUGCCGGCUGGUGACACUCACCAUCAUACUGUUAGCAUGUAUCUACCUGGGCUAUUACUUUAGCCUCUCCUCACUCUCAGACGAAUUUAUCUGCAGCAUCAAAUCAGGGAUCCUGAAAAACGACAGCACUGUCCCUGAUCAGUUCCAGUGCAAACUCAUUGCUGUUGGCAUCUUCCAGUUGCUCAGCUUCAUUAACCUCAUGGUGUAUGUUCUGCUGACUCCUGUGGUUAUCUACACGCUGUUUGUUCCAUUCCGACAGAAGACAGAUGUUCUCAAGGUCUAUGAAAUCCUGCCUACUUUUGAUGUUCUGCAUUUCAAGUCUGAAGGAUACAAUGACUUGAGCCUCUACAACCUUUUCUUGGAAGAGAAUAUAAGUGAACUCAAGUCAUACAAGUGUCUUAAGGUACUGGAGAAUAUUAAAAGCAAUGGUCAGGGAAUUGAUCCAUUGCUGCUCCUGACUAACCUUGGCAUGAUCAAAAUGGAUGUAAUUGAUGGCAAAACUCCCAUGUCGGCAGUGGCCAAGGGAGAGGAGCAGGAGAACCGAAUGGCAGAGCUCAAAGAUUUGGACAUAAACAGUGAAACUAAAGCAAACAAUGAAGACAAGAAUGCUCGACAGAGACUUCUGAAUUCUUCUUGCUGAUGAUUUUGUUUUUGGGCUUCAAACCUCUGGCUUCCGUGACACAGGAUUCUUUUUGACUAAAGCACGCCAUUGGAUUCACAGUUGGUUUGCAGUAAAUGGUUUUUGGUAGUGAUAGAGAGCAGGUCUUAUUCAGUCCCUAAUGAACAUAAUGGUCUACAAAAUGCUAUGAAGGGAUGGUUUUAUUAACUCCCUACAAGAAACACAUGGAGAUAAGUAAAAUGUAGCAAGUAUAUAUGUAGAAGUCCACAUCGAUGAAAAGUGAAAGGACUCGAUUUUCAAAGAGCGGUGAAGAGCCUUUUAGUGCCUCACAGAAGCGUCUUACUGUGCCCACCUGUGAUGUGACCUAGAGCUUGUAGAGAGCAAGUAUUUCAGGAGAUUUUUUUAAUUUUGUGAAAUAAUAAACAUAUUAGGAUAUAAUUUAAUAUGAAUCUCUUGUGCCCUUCCUGACUAUUGGAUAGUAAGGCUCUUCAGAGUCAGAGGUUGGCCUGCACUUGGCGCAGGGUCUUAACUCGGUGCCAUCCUGGUGCUUUAGCUCUCAUACACUCGGGCUCUCCUUACUCUCUUAGCACUUUGGCUAAUUUCAGUCUACUAACCAUUAUUUGUGGCACUCUGCCUUGAAGGGCAGCAGGCCUGAGGACUGCUCUGAUUGAAAACUUAAUUAACAAGAUAUAAUCUAAAGGAUAUUCAGUUCAUACUACAGUGACUUCAAUGGAAGAAAGAGAGCUUCAAAAAAGAGCCCUGUGGGAAAUCAAAAUCUGAAUUUACAGAAAUUAAUUCAGUCACUUUCAGAGAGAUUGUCUCCAGGGUGUUAUCAAGGCAAAUGAAUCAAGACUUUGCUUAAACACAUUAACAACACAGCAAGGUUUACAGUGAGGAACACUUUGCCUAAAAUGAACUGAGCACAUAAGUGACACUUGCCAUGUGCUUGGAGCCAGAACAGCUUAGCAUUGUUUAUAUUUAAGUGCAGCUUUAAAAAAUGUUUUUUAAUUUAUACAAUGUCAGAACUGAGGUCAUUUGGGAAGAACAUUCUAGUAUUGAUGGAGAAUUAUAAAAUAAUGCUAAAAAUGGAUGGAUAAGAUAAACAUAAGCAUUAUUUCACAGUCCUUUAAGGCUAAUGAGAAUAUGUUAAAAACUGUUUCCAGUUCUGACCAUGUAAAUAUAUCCUUAUGUUCACAUUUUAUACAAAAAAUUCUUAACUAACCUGUGAACCAUUCAGUUUUUAUUCUUAAAAAGGUCACGCAUUGCUUAAGUGAACAAUUCUCAGGAACCUCGAAGUUUACUUUUGAUCUUUAGGGAGAAUUGUUUACCUAGUGUAACUUUGUGUGUGUGUGUGUGUGUGAAGAACAGAAGUUAUAUACGCUGCUGGCUGCCUUUCAGAAUAUAUAGAAAAGCAGAUUUUAUUUGUAUUUUAUUUUGUGACAAUUUCUGAGGCUGAAAGCUAAUGAUAAAUAGCAAAGAUGUAAUCAGCUUUAAAUUAUUCUCUUUUACAUGAUAUUUAUUACUGUUGAAGUAUUGUGCGACAGAAAUGGUGGUAACUUGAAUAAUUGAUUUCAUUACAUUUUUAUAUCAUUGUAUCUGAGAUGUUCUGUCACAACUCUUUUUUUUUUUUUUUUUUGAAAAUUUGAAGUUUUAAAGUACAUUUUUCUAGGAUAUGAUUUUUUUUCCAAAAAGCUUCAUCCUCCCUGUAGGCUACCCUAAUUUGUACUUUGAAGUGAUAAAAGUGGGUAUUUUAUUUGAGGAGACCAAGAACUCUGUAAGCCCUACCACAUAUAAUUCUAUCAGUGUUUGUAUACUUAGGGUCCUUGGCUUCUGCUUUGGUUCAUUUUCUUUCCCAUUCCUUCUGGGAGCUCCAGUUGGGCCCAAGCUUCCCACUGGGCACUGGCCUUAUAGAUGUGAAAUAGGAAAGUCCAAUAUUUGAGGACCACAGAGUCCAGUAAGAGGCAGUAGAGAUAUCCACAGUACUAAGAGGAGAAAGUAACCAAGAUAAAGGCCCUGCCAGAAAACUAGCAAAUGCUCUGUUCUUGGGAGAUGCCAUGUUAUUUCUUGUCUCCCACCUAGCUUUCAUAGCUGCUGGUUUUGAGAAUCUAAUUAUAAUUUUUCGUAGAGACAGAUAACCCUCUUAAGGUUCUUUAGCCACAGAUCCUGUAGGUUGAAGUUUACACAAAACAGUAACACAGUGAUUUUGAACAGUAAAUGGGCUCAGUUGCCUUGUGUCCCUUCCCUUGCAGGGGCCAGGGAGAACAAGCCUGUGGGGACCUGGAGCUACUGAUGAAUAACAUUUGUGACUCCAAAAGGCUGGUGUGGAUAUCUGGUGAUGCAUUCUGGCCUGGAAAGUUAAUUUUCCAUUCCAAGUUGUUGACUUGGAGGACUACUCGAGAUCCAGUUUCCGAGGGCAAGAAGAGUGCUUUUAUAAGCACUAAGUACUUUAUAAAGGGCAUACAUAGGAUGUAAGUGACCACUGCAGGGUCACUAACUUUGUUUUUGGCUCAGUUCUCCCUCGUGAGAAGACUGCUGAACCAGACUGUGGCAGUUAAGAGUGGAACAAAUAUUCUGAAAGCAGUGUUCCAGCACACCUUUAAUUUUACCACAGAUCAGACAGAAGCCUCCAGCAUAGAGAUUCUUGAACUUUGGGCAGUUAUAAGCCCCCUUAUAAAUAUUUUUAAAGCUAUGGACUGGUAUCCUCAGGAAACACACCAUUUUAAAUAUUCUCCAGCAGUGAUUACAGCCCAUGUGUAAUGGGGCUGAGAUUUAUUCUACUAGCCAAAGAGAAUGGGGCUGCUUCUGUCCAUGAGAAAAUCUAUGAGAAAGUCAUGAAUGAAUUUCCUUCGUUUUCUAGAAUCAGACUGAAGAAGAUCAAUAAUAGGAUGGGAAGCAGUGGGCUGGGAAUGGCCAAGCUCCCAAUGUUGACCGCUGUUUCUCCCUGGCUAACACCUUUUAUCAUAGUCUCCAUUGAAAUAAUUAUUCAGAGUAAAUCAAAAGUCAGUUUUUAUCCAUUGCUCCAUUACCAGUUUCUAAAACAGUCACCAACAUGCACUAGGCUAUAAAUAUUUGAGUGAAUGAACAAAUGAUGUUAGGAUAAAUCCUAGUUUGUUGGCAACUAUAAUUUAAUUUUAAAAGGCACAUAGUCCCCUGCAGGAAAGAAGAGAGAGGGGACGCUCAUUUAGCCUCUUGGUAGAGAGAGGAGUAUUUUGGCAAAUGAAUAGUUUUCCACUGUAAGUGGUAAGGGUCCUGAGCUUUUUAUUGUGGGGUGAGUCAUGACUAUUUUUCAAGUUCAGUGCAAGUUCAACGUUGUCUUGUGGUUUAAAAAAAAAUGAAGUUUUAAAGGUCUUGGUCUCUUAAUUCCCCAGAAUAAACCUCUUGAACGGACAUGUGAAUUGAAAUGUGCAAUUACCAGUAAUUGAGAUUUUAUCUGAGGGCAUUGAGAUGAAAUGGCUCUUUUAGGGUACUCUUUGGCAUUUUGCCCCACCACUUUUUUUGCAAGUACAGUGAAACCUUUUUUUUUAAAAAAAAGAUGCUAUUGACACAGAUGCUAUUAUGCUAUUAAUGCUAUUAAUUUAUGAUUGGUUUUCCUGCAUGCUUUAAAUUAAAUGUAUUGCUUUGGUGAGUGAGUCCCCUUUUUAAAAGCUGUGAAAAUACUUUGUUACUAAAGCAUGUAGUUUGGUCAGUAAUUGUUCUUCAAGUUCUUGGGAGUUGUCCAAGUUUUUCAUAUCUUGGGGUGUUUUUUUCUCUGCUCACCAGAGAAGAAAAAUCCUUAUAGGAUUCUACAGUGUUACAAGCAUUCCCUACAAACCCUGAAAUAAUCAGCUCCUCCUUAACAGUCUGCCUUCUUAAAGUACCAUAAUUAGAAUUUGACAAUAUUCAGUAGAGUGGCUUUCUCUGUGUAAGUAAAUUCUUUUUAGUGACUAAAUUUCUUCAAAACUUUUGAAGAAAAAUAUGUGUUAUUUUUGCUGUGCCAUUUUGUGAGAAUCCUGCCAAUAGAUGAAGAAAGACUUUAAAAAUUAAGAUUAUCUUGGAUUUUAUUGCACGGUUAUCUGAAGAUGAGCACAAAUGAUGGUGUUAAGAAAUGACCCUUUCAAGAACACGAAAGUUUUGGUAGUUUUCACUAUUAUAUUUCAUGCUUCCAUGUGAGUCAUCUGUCCAUGCUCUGCAUUCUGAGCCUUCACGCUUCCAUUUAAAGUAAGAUGAAAGGCUCAAAGUUAAGGCUGCUGUGUCUAUAGAAAAUGUUUUAGUUCUACAUUGUGGUGUCCACCUAAAUAAAACUUCUCUGGGUAA